AUGGGUCCCAUCCCUUUGUCUUUGGCUCUGGAUCCCAAAGACACUGCUGCCUCUACCGCACCUUGGAUGAAGACUAUCUUACCUACAUUCUUGGCUGGGAUUCGCAGAAAGACAUCACCUCAUGCAUCUUGGGAAUAUUCAGAUUCUCCAUCUCCGAAAAGUGAUAGCUUGAGCAGUCUUCCCACGGAGCUGUUGCAGAGCAUAGCUGAUUUUCUACCUACUUCUUCCGCCGCUGCUUUGACGCUUUGCAACCGCACCACGUUCUUGAAGCUGGGCUCGAAGUACUUGACCAGCAUCAACCAAGCAACUGUAGAACCGUACACCGAAUGGUACCAGACCCAAGACCAAUGCGUGCGCCCGUCACCAGCACAAGUAGAACGCGAAAAGUUCCUGGAGCAGCUCAGCCGAGAUUCGCUCGAAUUUAUCUAUUGCUACUACUGCAAGAAAUUACACCACCCUGAAAAGACCGGCUCAGACAGAAACUGCACCAGAUGUAGCAAAUCCAUCCCAUUUGAGCAGAGGCGCCCUUGUACGCAGUUGGAACGUUACCAAGUUCAUUCCUCCCACCUUCACGGCGAUUUCAAUCACUCCCGAGUUCAGAAUCUCAUGAAGCAUUACCGGCAUGGCAGAGACUACAGCAAUCUCCUGAAGCCGUUGAACAAGACCUGGACCAGCUACCGCGAUGGCUUUACUUUCCAACAGUCCGUACAAUGUCGAGUCCGCAAUGGGCGCUUCAUGGUACGGACCCAGCAUUGGCUCCUGUUUGCUUGGGCCAACGGGCCUGAUGUCCAACUGCCAGAUCAUUAUAAUCUUGGUCUGUGUCCACAUCUGACAUCCACCGGAUAUACCAAAUACCCCGGCAGGCUCGACCGGCUACUUCUCUGCAGGGCCACCCAUCCCCAUUGCUGCGAGUGUGGCGUCUGCUGCGGGGUAAAGGCGUGCAAAGACUGCCCCACCGAGUUCCAGAUCGACACCAAGCUCCUACCCGAGGAGGAUAAGAUGGCGCUGGUGAUCACGACGUGGCGGGAUUUUGGCAAGGCGCAGAGCCCUUUCGAGCCGGAGUGGGAGCAUCAGACGCACGAGAUGCUGAACAAGGUUCAUCCAUGCCCGCGUUUCUACCUGGGGGAGAUCAAGGCCUCCUAUGAGAGGUUUGACUUUGAUGCCCACCAGACGCCUAGUAUGAUAAGAGCGUUGCAGAUAAAGAAAGCGUACUCACCGACGAUAUAUGAACCAGGUUGA